CAAAUAUCUACCAGAGCUUCUUUCAGUCCCUCAACACGAUUUAUACUCUGAGUGGCCCACCCGUCUACACGUAUCCAACACCAAUUUUCCAAACAUGGUCUGGACAGGACUCAACUGUACAACUAGGGGAAUGGGAAAUUAAGCCUGGUAAAACUUUUUCUUACAUCUUUUAGUUUAAUAAUGAAGUUUUCACUCUGAGUAAUGUUCCCCAAUUCUAUUUUUGCAAUUUCUUUUUUAGGCAAUACAGAUGCAGAGACAGACUCGGAAGCAGAAGGUGAAAGAUCUUCAUCUCUUUUUUCUGCUAUUGAGGCAAACUCAAUCAGUAUCCCUUCAAACAGGCAACUUUCUAGUGGUGAACUUGCAGUGCGAAAGGGACAAGUAAGGAGUUCAGUUGAGAGAGCCAUUGAUAUGAUGGAAAUGUUUGUCUCCAGUGAGGAUGAAGUAGAUGCUGACAAAACCAUCUGUGCCAUGGAAACUGGUGAUGUCCAAGACUCAGGUGAGACAGGUCCAUCUGAAGUACCUGUACAGAAGGGAAUAGAAAAUAUUGAAGCAUCCUGCAGUUGGAUAACAACUUUUUAUAAGAAGAAAAAGAACAGCUCCAUCCACGGCUUCCAAGUCGAAAAGCACCACUACCACUACCUUUACCACGUCCACCGCUACAUCCUCAGGCUCUGGAUUAUCAAAAAAUUAAAAUGUAAUAUAAUUUGA